AUGAGGUAUAUGAAGCAACUGUCAGAGAAGGUAAAGAAACAUGAGAACACCAGGGCACACAUGGAUAACUCUGUAAAGCUAGCCAUAUUAGGAAGGGUGGAUGACGGCCACAGGAUUGCGGUGAGGAAACAUAAUGAGGAGGUGGAUAAAAACAGAACCACCUUGCUUGACCAAGUGGUUGCGCAUAGACUCCCCAGAGCCUCUACAAUAUGGUGGAACUUCCACAGUUGCGCUGUAAACACUGUGUACAAGCACAAGGAUGACCUCCUAACGUGUUUCCAGACCAUCAGAGACUCUAGGAACUUUGAUCACCCGACUGUCAGAGAGGCUGGGGGCUUUGUGAGGAUGCUCGAAGACGAGGCUUUCUGUUUUUUCCUGGCACUGUUUUACAAGAUCAUGGAAAAUGUGGACAUGAUUUUCAGCCAGCUGCAGAAGAGGAACAUCGACCCAGUCUUCAUUAAAGCACUUGUCCAGAGUUUCACAGACAGCAUGCUAACAAUCAGGGCCUCCAUUCCCUCUUUGUGUGGGGAUAGCGCAUCUGACGAGCAGCAACAGCCCAUAAAGCGACGGAGGAUGCUGGGACCAGGAGAACAACAGAGGUUGGUUACAGAGGUAUGUGAUACCAUCCUGAUUCAUGCCAAGGAGAGGUUCUCCUUCACCCAGCACCUUAUCAGCACAACACUGUUGCACGGAGAGUUGUUCCCACAACACAGUGUGAAGCUCCCUGAUACAGCGCUUGAAACAACUGUGGAGGCAUACCCCAUGUUGAACAAGGCCAAGCUCAAAACCGAACUGUCCCUCAUCUAUGAGAACAGUGAGUGCAAGGCUUGUAGUGGUGCAGUGCCCCUGUACCAGUUCUUCAUGGAGAACAACCUUCAGAGCACUUUCACAGACUGUCAGCCUCCUCAAGAUGCUCAUCACCACACCCAUGACAACAGCCGAGUCAGAAAGGAAAAUGAGGUUGAAGAACUGGAGCAGACAACCAUGGCGAUCUUUAUCACUGGGAAAGAGGAUCCUCUCCAUCCACCCAAAAACAUUAAAAUUGUCAUCGAAGGAACAGAGGUCUUGAACGAGUUGCCCUCGUUUGCAACAGCUUUUGCCAUGGUCUUUGGGCUCAUAUACACAGUAAACAUAAAAUAUCAGAAAAGGCUGCAGUUCACCUUUGAAUUUGUGCAAAAGGUCCUGAUGGAGCUUGAUGGAAAAAAGAUGACCCCAAGCACCCAGUUGUACAGCACAGAGUAG